UUUUCGUGAAGUUUAAAAUCAGCAUAGUCUACACUUCCGCAACUUUUUUAUCGAUCAAUUUUUGUUAUUGUUUGAUUCACAUCUGAUUGUUCCACCGUGUUAAUUUCAAAUACUUUAAUAGCAUCCAGAUUAAUUUUAAUCUAUUCUGCAGGUGUACAAAGCAACAAUGACAUUACAGUGGACAUUUGUGGCUACAGUGCUAUAUGUUGAAAUCUUUCUGAUUAUAGUACUUCUGUUACCUUUUAUUUCACCCAAAACAUGGCAGAAAUUAUUCAGAUGUCGCCUUGCAACAAUGCUUUCUUCAUAUUCUGCCAUUUACUUCUAUAUUUUUAUUGCAAUUCUUGUCUUGCUGUUUGCUGAAUCUGUUCGUGAAGCCUGGAAAUAUUCCAAACCGCUAGAGCAUGAUGAUCUAAGGCAAUUCCCCGAGGCUGAAAAUGCUUAUAACAUGAAGCUGUUUCGUGCUCAAAGGAACAUGUACAUUGCAGGAAUGGCUUUAUUUCUCUGGUUCAUACUGAAAAGACUGAUCACAUUGAUUGCUACAGAAGCCACAUUGAUGGCUCAGUGUGAGGCCAGCAUGAAACAAGCAGAGAGUGCAUCAGCUGCAGCCAAACACUUCAUGGAAGAGAAGAACACAAGGGAAGAAAACAAAAAGAAUUUAGCAACAGAAGAGAAGGACUUGUCAGCUGUUGAGAAGGAACUUGCCUCUACCCGCACUGACCUAGAAACUACCAGAGAGGAGCUGUAUCGUGCUAGAGUUGACUUGAACACCAUCAAAAAGCAGGCAGAAAGUACAAAUCAGGAGUACGACAGACUUUUGAAAGAGAAUGCAGAACUUCAUGAUAAACUUGAAGGAGGUGACAAUAAAAAGGAGAAAUAAAGUUCAACUGCUUUCUUCAUCUGGAUUUCUGUGAUGUUAUAUUUCAUUGAUGUAUGCUUUUAAGUAUUGGUUUUUACUGAACAGUGCUAAUAAUCCUAAGGAUUUGCUCCUAAAUCUGUUGUAAAAUUAAUGUACUUUGCAUUAUGGUUUUAGAAAUAAAACUUAAAACUAUUCCUAGACAAAGUUGUAUUUUAUUUUCAAUGUAUUUAUUACUUUCAUAUUUUGUUUGGGUAUUGUACUAAGGAUGAGAAAUAUUUUAACGUAUCCCCAACUGUUGUUGUUUUUAACUGAUGGUCGUGUGUAAACUGCUGGCACUGACACAUACUGGUACCAAAUUUUCUGCUAUUUGAAGCGAGUUUUUGAUGGGCUGACCUGAUUACUCCAUUUUAUUCAUUAAUUUUAUCAUACAUUUUACCCACACCACUUCACUUUUCAACUUCAUUGGCUACAUUUGUCUUUUUUAUUAUUUCUAAUGUGCUUACAGCUUGAGUGUUUGCACUGUCUGAUCUCUUUAAAAAAAUUGUCCUACAGAUUUCCUAAUUAAUUUUUUUUAAAUUCAGAUACUCAGUUGUUUUUACAUAUAUUGUGCAAGGGUUAACUUGAUGGCUGGUUAAAUCAAGCAGAACAUCUAGUAGUUUUUAGUAAAUAUAGUCUUGGCUACCAGGAUGUAGAAAAUUGCCAACUUGCAUGGUUUGUGCUGGAGGAAGGGUUAACUUAAUGGCUGAUUAAAUCAAGCAGAACUUCAAGUCAUCUAAGUCAAUUCAGUCCCUGCUACCAGGCUGUAGAAAAGUGCUACCCUUAUUGCUCCUCUCUAUUAAACUUGUCAGCUGCAUCUAAGCUGGAUACCCCCCUGAGGUAACCUAAGAGUGGUAACCUAUUGGUUAGAGUGAUUAUAGUUACUUUACCAUGCAGCAAUUGAGCAGAGUUGAGCUAAUCUCUAAUAAGCACUGAAGAUUUUAGUGGUGUAAAUGUGAUUUUUUUUUUUUUUUUUUUUUUGUAUCAGUGAACUACUCAUUCACAAUUGCUUGUUAGUAGUUGCUUUUAACCUUAUUGCAUUUUUUGUGUUUACAGAAAUGUUACCUAUGUAGUUAUUUAGUUCGCAUUUUUUUUUCAGAUUUAAUGAAGAUAAAAGUACAAAUGUCUUUUCUAAUGCCAUGAAAAUUUCUAUGCCACGAAAAUGUGCUUUCAAUACACUUAUUAUUGCAGGCUUAACCUUGAUCCUUGUAAAAAUUUUAAUAAUCUAAUAUUCAGCUAAAAUGUUGAUAAUAAAAUACACUCAAAUGAAUGUCCAAGUUUCUAUGAAUCUGAUAUUUAGAACAAUGUAGUUGUGGGUAAUGAAGGACUGUGAUCUAAAGUUAUUAUUCGUCUGUUAUUUUGGAUGAUACAGUAUCUAGUAUUGUAUGAACAAAAUAAAAGCACAAACCUACUGAAA